AUGUCGCGCUUCGGAGCGAAAAAGGGCAAUCGCGCGCCUGGCGCCGAAUUCACUUGGGAUACUGACCCGGGGGCGUGCCGGACACCGCUCCUACUCCCUUAUAUCCAGUACAUUCACACCUUCCCCCUUGAGCUUUCUCUCGUCUUCAUUCCCCAGGCAUUUGUUGUCCCGAAUGCGCGCAAGCUCUCCGAGAAAGAGCGAAGUGAAGUGAAUCACUACCGACACCUUCGCGAACGGUUUCACGAGGGACCUUACUACUCUGUCCUCGAUACCUCCUCCUCGUCGGCCAAGAAGGGCAGCGCGGCCCGCACCAACUUUGAUCCAUUCCACGGUAUGCCCUCAUAUUCCGGACGAUACCAGAAGAAGAGAAGAACGCUUCCUAAGAUCGCAAAUAUUGGUCGCGAGUAUGAAACACGAUACUUCCCCCGAGAGCUCUGGCCGACCAUUAUGCCCAACUUCCGCCCUAACGCUUCCAUCGAUGGCUUCCACGCCCAGACUGCCUUGUCAGGGAUGAAACGUGGGUUUGAGGAUGACGAGGAUGAAGAAGACGACGACGCUGCAAAGCGACGCGCCACCGGUGCCGACGAAGAUGAAGGAGAAGGAGACGCCGAUGAAGGCGAAUUGCUCGAAGGCGAUGAAGAGGCCGAGGAAGAAAUUGUCGAUGACGAUUUCGAAGAUGACGAAGACGAUAUGGGUGGUGAUUACAAUGCAGAACAGUACUUUGACGGUGGUGACGACGAAUUCGGCGACGACGGGUUCGGUGAUGGUGGAGGCGGCGGUGAUGAGGAUACCUACUGA